ACGUCACUCAACACGUUAACCACACAAUUAAGUUUUAUUCCUCUUCCUUUAAUCCUCCUCAAUAUAUAAUCUAGCUGUGUGUAUAUACUUAAUCGAAAUUGGAGAACGAACAUUCGAGAAGCUUUCUUAAAAACAUUUGAUUUUGGAUCGCGAAGAUCAUGGAAAGAACAGAAUCUGAAUCAGCAAAUGGGCGGAGAGUGGUGGUUAUCGGCGGCGGAGUCGCCGGCUCUCUCACCUCGAAGUUGCUUCAGUUCGAUUCCGAUCUCACCCUCAUCGAUCCGAAGGAGUAUUUUGAGAUUACUUGGGCAAGUUUAAGAUCAAUGGUGGAACCUUCAUUUGCUGAAAGAUCAGUGAUAAACCACAAGAAGUAUUUACAAAAUGGUCGUGUUGUGACUUCUCCAGCUGUUAAUAUCACAGAGACUGAUGUUGUGACUGCUGAUGGACUUGUCUUUGGGUAUGACUAUCUUGUGAUUGCUACUGGUCACAAUGAUGUGCUUCCCAAAACUAGACAAGAGAAGCUUUCUCAAUACCAAGCUGAAUAUGAGAAGAUUAAGUCCUCUGAGUCGAUUCUGAUUGUUGGUGGAGGCCCGUCGGGUGUAGAGCUUGCUGCGGAAAUAGCUGUUGAUUUCCCGGAGAAGAAGGUUACUAUAGUGCACAAUGGACCGAGAUUGCUGGAAUUUGUUGGUCAAAAAGCUGCAGACAAGGCGUUUGAUUGGAUGAAAUCAAAGAGAGUUGAAGUGAUAUUGAACCAAAGGGUUGAUUUGAGUUCUGCUUCGGACGGGAAUAAAACAUACCGAACAUCAGGAGGAGAAACGGUACACGCAGAUUGCCACUUCCUCUGCACUGGAAAACCUUUGUCUUCACAAUGGCUAAAAGAAACUGUUUUGAAAGAGAACUUGGAUGGUAAAGGAAGGCUGAUCGUCGAUGAGUAUUUGAGAGUUAAGGGUCGCAAGAAUGUAUUCGCUAUUGGUGAUAUUACUGAUGUCCCGGAGAUGAAACAAGGCUACAUUGCUGAGAAACACGCCUCUGUGGCUACAAAGAACAUAAAGCUGUUGAUGUCUGGUGGGAACGAGAAGAAAAUGUCAACCUACAAGCCUGGUCCAGAUAUUGCCAUAAUAUCUUUAGGAAGGAAGGAAUCAGUGGCUCAGUUCCCAUUCUUGACAGUCUCGGGCUGCAUACCUGGUUUGAUCAAAUCUAAGGAUCUGUUUGUAGGGAAGACGAGGAAGGCAAGAGGGCUGGAUCCUAACCUUGUGGAGCCUUAAGUGAUUGUGUUUUAUCGGGCACGAUGAGAUUCUUCUUGUGCUUGGUGUUUUGUUUCAUCUCAUGUUUGUUGUAUGUUGAUUCGGUCCACUCGGAUUUUCAAAAGUGGAGUGUUGUUAGCUUUUGUUGUAACAUAUUGUGUUUGUUUCUUCAGCUUGGUUCGAUUUACACCAAGCUGGGCAACUUUUUGGCAAAAUUCUCAUCCCUCUAAGCAUAUUGUGUAAAGAGUUUGUUUUGAUUUCUCAUAAAAGGAACCGAAGUUGUUCAA